CCUUCAGUAGCAUUCUCAAUUUCAGCCUCCCCCAGUUCAGCUUUCUUCAAGCAUUAGAGGAGGUGCGAUGGCGGGUGUUGAUAACCUAUGGCAAUGCUGAAUACUUGUUGUCUGCGGAUAAGAAUCUCCGCUAGCUCCAUCGCGCCGCAGAUUGCACGCUUCACCACUCACAAACCCUUUCACACGGUAGCUGCAAGGUACUCUCGUCAUGCAGCGAACGAGUAUGGAGGACCAGGCCCUACUGUGGCCAUAAUUGGCUCUGGACCAGCAGGGUUUUAUACUGCGCAAAAGGUCAUGCGGGAAAUCAGAGGAACCAAAGUCGACAUGUACGAGCAAUUGCCUGUACCAUUCGGCCUGGUUAGAUUUGGUGUAGCACCAGACCAUCCGGAGGUAAAGAAUGUCGAGGAAACCUUCCAGGACGUCGCCGCAUCACCCGACUACACUUUCAUCGGAAACGUCAACCUCGGGCACGAUCUUCCUCUUCCCUUGCUUGCAAAGCACUACGACGCCAUCGUCUUCGCAUACGGAGCAUCAAAAGACCGGAAGAUAGGUCUAGAAGGAGAGGAUAAACCACAUAUAUACUCUGCACGAGCUUUUGUUGGUUGGUACAACGGGCUGCCUGAGUACCGCAACUUCAAUCCAGAUUUGACAGCUGGAGAAACAGCGAUCGUGGUUGGUCAGGGGAACGUCGCCUUGGACGUGGCUAGGACGCUGUUGAGCAAGCUUGACCUGCUGAAGAAGACAGAUAUCACAGAGUAUGCCGUCGAAGCGCUGUCGCGGAGCACAAUCAAGCACGUCCACGUGGUUGGGCGACGAGGUCCGAUGCAAGCAGCAUUCACGAUCAAAGAAGUCCGGGAGUUGCUACAUUUGGAAGAUGUCAACUUUGCGCCUGUUCCGGAGGAGCUUUUCCCCAGCGAUCUGAAGAGCUUACCCCGUCCCAAGCGACGCCUGAUGGAACUCUUGAAGAAGGGCAGCCCUGUCAAAUCAAGUGCAAACAAGUCAUGGUCCCUGGAUUUUCUGCUCGCCCCGAGAUCCCUGAUCUGGUCUGCCUCUGAUCCUGACAAGCUCGAAGGAGUGGUCUUUUCCAAGACGAAACUCGCUGAAGCUGACUCACCAGAUUCGAAAGUAACAAGUACCGAUGAAACGCAGCUUAUCCCUACCUCGACCCUUUUCCGAUCCAUAGGUUACAAGGCAGUCGCCAUUCCCGGCAUGCAGGAAAUAGGCGCCGAAUUUGACGAGCAUAAAGGAACCGUCCGACACGACGGUUUCGGACGAGUGGUAUCCCUAGAAAGCCAAACCGACAACGCCGAUGACAGGGCUAGUUUGUACUGUUCUGGCUGGGUGAAGCGUGGCCCUACCGGCGUCAUUGCAAGCACAAUGACUGAUGCAUUCGAGACUGCCGAAGCUAUUGUCCAAGACUGGAGGAAGAUGUUUGGGUCGGAUCACAUCCCCCCUCGAACCAGCCGUGCAGGUUGGAAAGGCGUACAGGCAGAGGCUCAAGCGCUCAAACUUCCGCUCCGGCCUGUCCAUUGGUCGAACUGGCAGAACAUCGACCAAGCGGAGAAGACUGUUGGAGCAGCCCAUGGAAAGCCUAGAGAGAAGUUCGGCAGCGUGGACGAGAUGCUCAAGGCGUCAAGCGGAUGAGAAAUGAGACCUGUAAGCCACGUGUGGACAUGAAUGAAUGGUGUCUGUGACGGACUCCGCGUUAGGAGGAAAUAUAUAGACAGAUCAACUAGACUGUACAUAAUCCACUCCUUGUAUCAAUACGAGUCUAUG